AGCCUAAGUCAGCCACCUGAAAACACAGGGCAUCCCCGAGGAGGCUAGAGACCAAGAGCUAGAAAAGACGACCCUCCGACUUGGGAAACUCCCUUCCCUUCAGACAAAAUGCCAACAACUCGAAAGACGCUGAUGUUCUUGUCGGGCUUUUUGACCAGCCUGGGGGCCCUGGUGACUGUAUGUGUUGUUCUGGCUAUCCCCCAGUGGGUCACUGGGAAGAUUGAAUUCAGCGACAACAGAUUUUCCAAUGGAAGUAUCCUUAUCACCUAUGGAUUAUUCCGUGGUGUGAGCAUCCAAGACAUGAGUUCAGGGCUGGGACAACCAGACCUGGCCUUUGAAGUGUUAACGAUAUUGUCAAACUCCUCUCAGAAAAGUCUCCACACAGCGGUCAUUGUCCUUCUGUUCUUGAGUUUGUUCACAUCCUUGCUGAGUUCUGGGUUAACAUUCUUCAACAGCGUCAGCAAUCCCUACCAGACGUGGCUCGGCCCCACCAGUGUUUUCAUUUGGAAUGGACUAAAUGUGGCCUUUGUCCUGGUGGCCAUGAUCCUGUUUGCCGCGAACACGCAGGCCAACCGCCUGUCACUAGUGCUGAGCUCUACGCUUUACUUAAUGCAAGGAUAUACGUAUGGCAGCACAACUCACACAUAUCGAUACUCCUUCUGGCUCAUGUUCCUCAUCCUGUGCUUCAACGUCAUCACCAUCACCAUCAUGUUUUUCUACCAGAAGGCAAGAUACCACAGGAAGCAGGAGCAUCGGAAGCCCAUGGAAAACGCCCCCAGAGAUGGGAUUUUAUUCUGAAGGCUGAUUUUUUACAGCUGCUCUUCCAACAGACCCAUUGUGACCCUG